AUGCGAGAUAGACUCAUCAAGGGCCCCAUAGCGAGAAUCAAGGGUCGCAAGUCUGCUGUGGCAUCCAAAAUACGUCGCCGUCGCUGGGGCAUCGCCAAGGCUUACAAGCGGCGGAUGCCGACUGUGGAGGAGGAUUUGCCGGGUGAUGAUGACGACGGCGACAACAAUGACAAUUGCCGUCGCUCUGGCCGAGACCGGAGGCCAGUCGAUUUCCUGGGCAAAAUACCGUGGAGCGAGGUGCUUGGAUUCGACGUGCAAAACCCCCUAGCUGCCAGCCUAUACGCCGAGGGGGUAUUUGACGACGGGGACGGCUACGAAUCCAUCAACAGCGAAGAAGACGAGGGGGAGGAUGAGGCGGAGGAGGAGGAGGAGCAGGCCCAAAGCUUACCAACCCCGCCAGAAUCGGGACACGACACAUCUGACAACGAACCGCACCCUUGGCAGUCACUCCUCCCUACCCCUGGACCCGCGGCCACGGAAGCCUCUCAAUCGAGCGACAGGAUCACGACGAUACCUGAUUCCCAAGGGACUGAGCAGAGCCCGCUUCCCGUGCGAACCAUCAGCAGGCCGCAACGGCAACCGACCCCGGAACCGCCGUCUGUCAGGGUGGAAUACGCCACGGGUGACGCGAGCUGUAUGCUGUCAGACGACGAACAGCCUGUCUUAUUCAAGAGACCCAAACGAAAGCUGCAGCAACUGCAGCAACCGAGCAAGCAGAAGCCGCCCCAGGAGAAGGCAUCUGGAUUCGCUGCCAUCAGCAGCAGACCCCAACCGAGCACGGCCGUCGCAGCGUAUACUACUACCGCGCCCUUGACCACACCAACUGAAGCUGAGUUGCCGAAGAAGAGAGGGAGGCCUAGGAAAGCAUCGACUGAGAAGGAACCGCCAGCUUCACUACCACCCGACGACGGUGCACUGAGGAAGAAACUCAAAGUCUCUGCAGAGGGGCAUGCUUCCAAGCAAAUGCCCAAGGCCACUUUCGCACCCAAUGCAGCUGCUGAGGGAACCAAGAGGAAACGGGGGAGGCUGCGCAAGGAGCCUCUGCCAGAUCCUGAACGAUGCCCUGCGCCUGUCCCCUCGACCCAAACAUUGCCAGAUGGGCCAGCUACUAUCAAAUCUAUGACAGCUGUUGGGAGCGCAGAGGAUGAGGAGACCGGACCUCUCGGGGAGGUCACAGGUCACGGUCAACCUACGCUGGGAGAAAUAGAGCUGGGGGAACCCUUUGAUGAUCAGUCUACGGCUGCUCCUCUGGAGAAUGAACAACCCCGGCUAGCAACGGACAAGGCGGAUACGCUGCCCGUCGAUGCCUCACCUCGAGCUGAUACAUCUUUGCCCGUCGCUUCUCCUCCAGGGACGCCCGCACCCUCGUCGGACGACCUUCUGCUCGAUGCGUCUACGCCCAGCACAUCUGUGCCAGACGAGUUCACGCUAGAGGCGUGUCUGCCAGAUGUGUUUGUGCCAAAGAAGUCUGCCCCGGAUGCUCCGACUUCUGUUUCCAAUGACCCUGUCACUGUGGCAGAGAAGCCCACGCCAAAUGAGGCUGCAAUGGACGCAUCUGCACCACACGAACCUGUGCCUAACGUUGAUGCGCCUGCGACAUACACGCCUGCUCCAAAUGCCCCAAGCGAGCCUGCAGUGGACAAAUCUGCUCCAAGUAUUGAAGCACCAGACGUCGUCUCCGUGCCAGAGGAUGAGCCUGUGCCAUACGUUCCGCAAUUCGAAACCGCUACCUCGGAGAUGUCUGUUACAAAAACCCCUACGCCGGUCAUUCCAGCGCCAAGUCCGGAGUACAAGUCACCUUCACCAAGUGUGGUCGUAGAAAGGGCCCCUACUCCGAAGGUCCUCACGCCAAAGGCAGCUACACCAGUUGAGUCUAUGCCGGUCAUAGCUCUGCCGAAUGACCCUACACCGAGAGAAUGCACGCCAAAGGUGCCUUCUCCGAGGGUCCUCACUCCAAGAGCCCCUAGACCGAAGUCACCCACACCAGAGAGGCCCACGCCAAAGACAUCUGCACCGACAAUCUCCGCACCUAGCGUGCCCGGCAAAAGCACACCCCGGCAUACACCCGACCGCGUCAUCCAGGACUCUCAGGAGACAGACUCCAGUCCCGCUAAGCCCCAGACACCUCCCAAGGACAGCAACAUAACACAGCGAGCGGAACCACCAGCCUCCAGCAAAGAAGAAGGAAGGCGACGACUAUUCAAAGAGACCCCACCCGCAGCUGCGGCAGCCGCGCAGGAGACGGCAAGCGGCAGUAGAGCGGCUGCUGUGGCAGCGCCAGCCUCAAGAGACGGCUCUCGACAGAGGCCGGCGGAGAAGGUGGUGGUGGCAAUCCCCGACGGUACCGAGGCAGCAACGUCGCUCAAGAAGCCCGCCGAGAAGAUACGUCAGCAGCCAACGACGCACGAGCAUACCGGUCCGAGGGCAACCUCGUCACCUACGCCGCCACUACAAGGUCGCCAGGGACAGCAGCCGAAGCUAAAGCUAAAGCUGAGACCGAAGCCAAAGCCUCAGUCUCAGCUUCAGCCCCAAGCUCAGCCGCCGCCGCCGCAGCCACGGCAGCAAAGACAUUCGCCCCCAACCGUCGUGGCCUCCGGCACUGCCAAGCCCAAGCACCGCGACACAACCCGCCUCUCCAGCUCAUCCUCACGCCGCCGCUCCAUCCUCUCCCUCGUCCCACCCACAGGUCCCUCCUCAUUCUCCUCCUCUAAGAAGAACCGAAGCAAGUCUUACAUUGACGAUGACGAUGACGACGAUGACGACUUCCUAGGUCGCGCAGACGAUACUGUCAGCGUGUCUAAGCUCUUCAGCAGCAAUACACCACAGCCACCGGCAGCACGAGAAAAAUUACGCUGUUCUGGCGAUGCCCAAACCACCACGGAGGUGUCUGUCGCUAAAGAUGGCGGCAGCGGCAGCAGCGGCAGCAGCAGCAGCAGAAAACGUCGUAGGUCAGAGGCGGCGGCGGCAGGUCCCAAGAAGAUGUGCGGUGUUGACGGGUACAAGUGCGGCAAGGACUUUUGCUUUACAUGUCUAUGA